CCCAACGAACACUGAAACAAGCAACUGACUUUAAGGCAUGGGGGAUGCAGAACUGAAGCCACGGCGAUUGAGAGGUCACACGGCCACGGCCACGUGCUGCAUCGCCUCACGUGAGCGCCCCGGCGUUAUCGUUACUGCCGGCGAGGAUGGCUGCAUUUGCUGGUUUGAUUUACGAUGCAAAGACGCUCAGCUUAUCAUUGAAGUUGGAAACGAACCGGUUACUUCAUUAUGUCUUAAGUCAGGGAAUGAAGAUUUUAUUUAUGCUUCCUUUGGAAAGGAAGUCAAGUCUUUUGAUGUCCGAAUGGGAGCUUCAUGGAAGGCAUUAGAGUGCUACAACUAUAACAAAGAGGAGAUAGAUCAGAUUGCAUGCAACACUAAGUCAUCUUUUCUUGCUUGUGCUGAUGAUGGUGGUGAUGUUAAGAUCAUUGAUACUCGCCAACAUUGUCUUUAUAAAACAUUGAGGGCUGGCCAUUCAAGUAUCUGCAGUACUGUGCAAUUCAUUCCUUGGAAACCUUGGGAAGUCAUUACUGGAGGUCUAGAUUCAAAGCUUGUCAUGUGGGAUUUCUCUAAGGGGCGUCCGCUCAAAAUCAUUGAUUUUGGCUUGCCAGACAUGAAUAGUAGUAACACUGGGCAAUGUUACAACCCUGCUUUUGUUCAUGCAAUAGCAGUUCCCGAUGUUGAUAUGUUAGACAAAACAGACAAGAUAUGCGUGGUUGCUAGGGGUGAUGGUGUCAUUGAUGUGGUUAAUAUUGAGUCAGAACUUUCUACAAUCAGGUCAAAAAAUUCCACAAAAGCCUGGAAGGGAUCUCAGUCAAUACCAAAAGAUAAUCCUCUGGCCGGAGAAAUGGAAACUCUGGAUCUAAAUGGUGGGAAGAGGUUGCAUCUGGAUUACUCUUUGGGUGGCCAUACUGCUGCUGCUUCUUGUGUGGCAUUUUCUUUGUUUGGGGAAAAGGGAAAGUACAUAAUCUCAGGGGGGAAUGAUAAGUCAGUGAAGGUCUGGGAUUGCUCCAGAUUUCCUCGUACAGGGCAGACUGGUACGAACAGUGAUCUUCUACAUAUGAAUAUCAAUUUGAACAGAAAGGUAAAUUGGCUCUGCACCUCUCCAACUGAAUCAGAGAACCUUGUUGUCUGUGACACUUCCAAAGUGGUUAAGAAACAACAACAAAACGAGGCUCCAAGCAGGAAUUCUAGUAUUGGGGUUGUUUUGGGAAGUUGGUUCAGGAUGAUGCAAUCUGGGGUGCCUGUGUGCAACACUUGUGGUGAUCAAGUGGGACUUAAUGCUAAUGGGGAGGCGUUUGUGGCUUGCCAUGAGUGUAGCUUCCCUAUUUGCAAGGCGUGUUUUGAUGACGAGAUCAAGGAUGGUCGCAAAGCUUGUUUGCGCUGUGGAACUACUUAUGAUGAAAACUUGCUAGAUGAUGCUGAAACAAAGGUAUCUGCUAAUCAAUUCACAAUGGCCGCUCAUCUUGGUGAUUCUCAGUCUGUACAGGAUGUUGGACUUCAUGCUAGACAUGUGAGUAGCGUAUCUACGGUGGACAGUGAAUAUAAUGAUGAAUCCGGGAAUCCAAUUUGGAAAAAUAGAGUGGAGAGUUGGAAGGAUAAAAAGAACAAGAAGAAGAAGAGUGCACCUAAGGUUGAAAAGGAGGCGGCUGAAAUCCCACAAGAGCAGCAGAUGGAAGAAAAGCAGCAGUCCCCAGAUGCUGCAGAGCCACUUUCAACUAUAGUUCCACUUCCAAAAAGCAAACUCUCACCAUACAGAACUGUGAUAAUCAUGCGACUGAUCAUUCUGGGUCUUUUCUUCCAUUACCGAGUGACAAAUCCUGUUGAUAGUGCUUUUGGUCUCUGGCUCACUUCUGUUAUUUGUGAGAUCUGGUUUGCUUUUUCCUGGGUGUUGGAUCAGUUCCCUAAAUGGACUCCCAUUAACAGGGAAACAUAUCCUGAUAGGCUAUCUGCAAGGUUUGAAAGAGAGGGUGAACCCUCUCAGCUUGCUGCUGUAGAUUUCUUUGUGAGUACUGUUGAUCCAUUGAAAGAACCUCCUUUGAUUACCGCCAAUACGGUGCUUUCCAUCCUUGCUUUGGACUACCCUGUGGAUAAAGUCUCGUGCUAUGUAUCUGAUGAUGGUGCUGCCAUGCUUUCAUUUGAGUCUCUCGUAGAAACAGCCGACUUUGCAAGGAAGUGGGUUCCAUUCUGCAAAAAGUAUGCAAUUGAACCACGGGCACCUGAGUUCUACUUCUCACAGAAGAUUGAUUACUUGAAGGACAAAGUGCAACCAUCUUUUGUGAAAGAGCGCAGAGCAAUGAAAAGAGAUUAUGAAGAAUACAAAGUUAGAGUUAAUGCUUUAGUUGCAAAGGCUCAGAAAACACCUGAAGAAGGAUGGACUAUGCAAGAUGGAACAUCUUGGCCAGGAAAUAACACCCGCGACCACCCUGGCAUGAUUCAGGUUUUCCUUGGACAUAGUGGUGCUCGCGACAUUGAGGGAAAUGAACUUCCUAGACUGGUUUAUGUUUCCAGAGAGAAGAGACCUGGCUACCAACAUCACAAAAAAGCUGGUGCUGAAAAUGCUCUUAUAAGAGUUUCGGCAGUUCUCACAAAUGCUCCCUACAUCCUCAAUCUUGAUUGUGAUCACUAUGUUAACAAUAGCAAGGCGGUUAGAGAGGCAAUGUGCUUUAUGAUGGACCCACAAGUUGGUCGAGAUGUUUGUUAUGUGCAAUUCCCCCAGAGGUUUGACGGUAUAGAUAGGAGUGAUCGAUAUGCCAAUCGCAACACAGUUUUCUUCGAUGUUAACAUGAAAGGACUGGAUGGAAUCCAAGGACCAGUUUAUGUGGGGACAGGUUGUAUGUUCUACAGGCAAGCUCUUUAUGGCUAUGGACCUCCUACAAUGCCCAACUUACCCAAGAAUUCGUCAUCUUGCUGCUCCUGUUGCUGCCCCUCUAAGAAGAAGACCACUAAAGAUCUCUCAGAGGUUUACCGAGAUGCAAAACGUGAAGAAUUAGAUGCUGCCAUCUUUAACCUUAAGGAGAUUGAUAAUUACGAUGAGCAUGAGAGGUCAAUGCUAAUCUCCCAGAUGAGCUUCGAGAAGACUUUUGGCUUAUCUUCUGUCUUCAUUGAAUCUACACUUAUGGAAAAUGGAGGAGUACCCGAUUCUGUCAAUCCCUCAACACUUAUCAAGGAAGCAAUUCAUGUCAUUAGCUGUGGCUAUGAAGAGAAGACUGAGUGGGGAAAAGAGAUUGGUUGGAUAUAUGGUUCGGUCACUGAGGAUAUCUUAACAGGUUUCAAGAUGCACUGCCGAGGAUGGAGAUCAAUUUACUGCAUGCCCUUAAGGCCUGCCUUCAAAGGAUCAGCACCCAUCAAUCUUUCUGAUCGGCUCCACCAGGUGCUCCGAUGGGCUCUUGGAUCAGUGGAGAUUUUUCUGAGUAGACACUGUCCGCUCUGGUAUGGAUUCGGAGCAGGCCGCCUCAGAUGGCUGCAAAGACUGGCAUAUAUUAACACCAUUGUCUAUCCAUUUACUUCCCUCCCUCUUAUUGCUUAUUGUUCAUUGCCCGCAAUUUGCCUUCUCACUGGGAAAUUUAUUAUACCAACGCUCUCAAACUUGGCAAGUGCCCUGUUUCUUGGCCUCUUCAUCUCCAUCAUUUUGACCAGUGUGCUUGAACUGCGAUGGAGUGGUGUCAGCAUUGAGGACCUGUGGCGUAAUGAGCAGUUUUGGGUGAUUGGAGGUGUUUCAGCCCAUCUUUUUGCCGUUUUUCAAGGAUUUCUAAAAAUGCUGGCAGGAAUUGACACCAACUUCACUGUCACAGCAAAAGCAGCUGACGAUGCAGAAUUUGGGGAGCUCUAUAUCAUCAAGUGGACAACACUUUUGAUCCCCCCAACUACUCUUAUCAUUGUCAACAUGGUAGGUGUCGUUGCUGGUUUCUCUGAUGCAUUGAACAAAGGAUAUGAAGCAUGGGGACCCCUUUUUGGAAAGGUGUUCUUCGCCUUUUGGGUGAUUUUCCAUCUAUAUCCAUUCCUCAAGGGUCUCAUGGGUCGCCAAAAUAGAACUCCAACCAUUGUCGUUUUAUGGUCAGUGCUGUUGGCUUCAGUUUUCUCUCUUGUGUGGGUCAAGAUCAAUCCAUUUGUGAGGCCAAUCGAUGGCUCAACCGUUGCACAAAACUGCAUCUCCAUAGACUGCUGAGUUUUCUGAAGUUGUCCAGAUUUUGGAUUCAGAUCAUUGGUAUACAAAUACAAUUGUUUAGUUGUCACUAUACUUCCCAUGAAAGUGGACUAGCAUUUAUCUCCAUAUGGACCUGCAAGGAGUUUUGAAUGGUUUGCAUUGAUCAUCUUUUCUUUUAUAUGAGUGGUGAAAAUUCAGUGUGUAAGGUUUAAGCUGCUGUGAACAGUAUCAUUGCAAAAUAGGAUGUAAUAUCACUUCUACAAAAUGAAAAAGUAGAAAAUGAAUCAAAUUACAGAAUUCCUGUCCA